AUGGAAGAAGAUGAGCCAUUGGAGAACUCCAAUAAUAUGACCUUUAACGAGACUAUCAAACCUGAUUCUGUCGAUUUAUCGAAAAAAGUCGAAGUUGCUUUUCAUAACAUCUUAUAUGUCAGAGGUGUUUAUCCUUCAGAUUUAUUUGAGUCCUGCAAGAAAUACGACGUUCCUAUCUUCAGAUCACGACAUGUACUCUUGACCUCUUAUAUCUCUGGAGUGGUAUCUCAAGUAGUCGAAGAAAUCUCCAAGGGAUUCGUGAAUAAAUUGAUACUUGCUAUUCAAGAUGCAACAACCCCUCCAUACGAACCACUUGAGCAUUUCGUAUUUGACUUUCAAUAUUUAGUUGACCCGAUCACCAACUUUGAAGAUGAAAGUGAUCGAGAUAUCAGACCGAUGACAGGUGUUGGGACUUUGGCUGAUGCUCAUGUUCAUCUAAGAGCAUUUUUGAUGAAGAUCAAUCAAUGUAAUAAACAAAUCACUGAGCUUCCCCAAAGAGGUUCAUUGACGUGGACCACAUUUCUAGAAUUGAAUGAUCCAACCAAAGAACCAGUUUCAGAAUCAACUAAAAAAUCCGAUUUACCACCACAAUGGGUUCCAGCAAGUGAUCCAAUAGCUUUGAAGGCACAAGUACAAAAGUCAAUCAAAAUACAAGAUUUUGCCUCAUCAUCUCGAACUACUUUGACACGUGAACCUAAAAAGAGAUUAAUACCAUUCAAAAGUGAGGGUUUAGGGAUGAUCCAGCUUCAGAUGUUUGUUAUCGAACAUCCACAAAAGGCUAGUCUGCUUCAGGAGCAACAAGCUACGCAGCCUCAUAAUGAUACCUGGUAUCUGUGGAAUCCAGAUGGCGUUCGUCCGAAAAAAGAUGACUGGCUAAGGACGGAAGAGAUUGAAUUUAAUCCCACUGAACUAACCUGA